ACUCAGGUUUUACCCAUCAUGCAUUGUAAAACCAAGAUGGCGCAAAGAUAGUAGACAGAAAAAAGUUCUUACACAUUUUUGAGCCCUUGUGACCAAAGACAUUCCCCAAGAUGUGUGGUAUAUGCUGUGUUUUAUCACGAGGAUCAACUGAAGCUUGUCAGCAGUCUACUCCCAUCAUCCAACAAGUCCGAGAGAAUCUGCUCCGCAGAGGUCCCGACUGCCACCAUCUCCUCCAGGAUGUGGGCCUGACCUCUGACCCUACCACACAGCAUUAUGGGACAUUUCUGGGCUCAGUGCUGCACAUGAGAGGAGAGAUUACCCAGCAGCCAAGUCAGGACCAUUGUGGAAAUAUUCUGCUCUGGAAUGGGGAGAUUUUUGAUGGAAUAAAGGUGGAAGAGGACCAAAAUGACACAUGUGUCCUCCAACAACUGCUAGCUGCAAGCCAUGGUGAGGAAGGUCUCCUCCAGUUGUUCCAGAGCAUUAAGGGUCCCUGGGCAUUCAUCUACUGGCAGGCUUGUUCCAAACAGCUGUGGUUUGGGAGGGACUACUUUGGUCGGCGCAGCCUCCUGUGGCGUCUGCCUGAUGGAGAAACAGACGUGUUUGCACUCAGCUCAGUCAUAGCCAGGCCAGAGCCUCAGGACGGCCAGUGGCAGGAGAUUCCAGCCAAGGGAAUCUUUUGCAUUUCUGUGGAAUCAUGGGUAGCUGGUUCAGCACUGUCAAUCAAAUGGUAUCCAUGGCAACAUGACAAUGGUACCACCUACCCUAGCAGUCCUGAACUGUUUGCUGAUGAAGAUUGCCAUCUACAUACAAGUCUGGACAUCAAGAAAAUGGACAGUGGUCCGAGUUCCCCAGUUUUACCAUUCAACCGUAAACUUCCUGAUCACGAACAUCAACUCAGUGAUUUAUCUAGUGAAAUAGACAGAACUAGUGCAAAAAAUGGCUUGCAAUUGCAAGCAAGUAGUUCUAGAGAGGCAAGGGCUGGCCCGGAUAUGUGUGCCUCGAAUGUUGUAGGCAAAAAUACUGAGAAACUUGCAGCAAUGCCAGACAUUUUAGAUCAGAUUGUUGAUGAGAAACUGAAGACUUUGGCAGUCCAGUUGAUCGCAGUGCUCGGGGAGGCAGUCAAGCGAAGGGUGUUCAAUGUCCCCAGAGGAAGCGAGUCUUACGAAGCCAAGUCCACAGUUCAAAAACAACAUGUUGAACAGCUUGACUCUUUGGAAAUCCUCCAGGAUAGGGCAGAGCAACUCUCUGAUGAUGCAAGGGGAGAUGGUUUGUCCUUGGGAGGAGCUAGCGCUGCACCAAGUGCCACUGCUAUACCUGCUGUGAAGAUUGGCUGUCCUGAGCUGUUCUCAGAGGUGGCAAUGAAGACAGCAGCUAUGCAGGGCUCUACUGAAAAGAACUGUUCUGAAAAGUGUAGAGUGGCCAUUUUGUUUUCAGGGGGAGUGGACUCCAUGGUGAUAGCAGCAUUAGCUGACAGAUUUGUCCCAUCAGAUGAGCCCAUCGACCUCCUGAAUGUUGCCUUCCAACAAAAAGGGAAGCAACACCAACCUGGUAAGAAGAAAGGGAGUAAAAACCAGAGAGAGGUUGUCUAUGAUGAUCCCUUUCAGGUGCCUGACAGAAUCACUGGACUUCAAGGACUGGAAGAGCUGGUCAGGAUCAAUCCAAGCAGGCACUGGAAUUUUGUGGAGGUAAAUGUGACCUUGGAUGAACUGAGAGAGAAGAGGUCCCAACACGUAAGCCACCUGCUGUAUCCUCUACAGACUGUGCUGGAUGACAGUAUAGGCUGUGCCAUCUGGUUUGCUGCCAGGGGGAGGGGCAGGUUGGCAAACUGUCCUGACAAGAACCAGGCCGAUCAGCCCUACUGUUCCCCUGCCAAG